CGCCGAAAGUGUGGCGAGCGACUUCAGUCGCUAGUUUGCCAGCGCUUGGACAACACGUACAUAACCGUCUCUCGAAAAAAAAGCGAAAGUCGCGCGUUCCGAGAAUCGGAAAAUCCGCCAAACUGAUUCGCGAGUUGUGCUUCAACCUGAAUUAAGACACUAUUGUUUGUUUGUCACAGUAAAAGAAACACACAAAGCCAGAGAACCCUCGUUAGUGGUAGCUACCUGUAGAUUGUUGUUGGGUGACGUACCCGGUUUGGGUCAUUAGGUCGCCGUCGCUACGUUAGAUUGGCUAGCCCUUUAGUUAAACAACGCGAGUGACCAGGUGGGCAGGGCAGUGUUGUGUCCGCAAAAAAAUAAAACUUUGUUUUAUGCAAAUUGGUUUUCCUUGUUGAUGAAUGAACCCGCAGCGGCACCGCUUCGUGUGUUCUGUGACCUGUGUCACAACAGAUGGGUGCAGUUUUCUGCAACGACACAAUCAAGUUGUUAAAGCAAAAAAAAUAUCAGUGGCAGUGUAGUAAUAACCAGUAAUCAACUCAGUGCAAUCUAAGCUGCUCAAAAGGAGUGCUCGUGAAAUCAGAAGCGGUUCAGCUUUUAAAGCAGCAAAAACUUGUGCACAUAGAAAGGCGGUUCGGUACGAGAGAAACUUGGCACGCAGCAAAAGAAGUUGCGAAAAUUUGAAUCACCAUUUUUACGGUUUUUGGAGGACGCCGGACUGCUGGAAUCGGAGCAAAGUCAAAAGUUGCCAGCUCAAAUCGGCUGUAGCCCGGCUUAUUUCACCUGACCGGCCGUUCCCUGUGCCGCAAGCGGCAGCACACCGGGCGAGCGACCUUUGUUCGACUAUCAACUGCUCGAAAGUGGUAUACUGCUUUUGCUUGGUUGCAAAAAAAGUAUUAUCAAACCAAACAGUCGAUUAGCAAUAACGAAAGUCCGACCGGGAACGCGAUAACACGAGCCUUAACGGAGGUGGGUUUUUUUUUCUACGGAUAACAAUUUUAAACCCAAGCUUUGGACAAAGGCCCGAGGGAUUAUUAUCAACGAGCGUGAUUGAGCACCUUUUAUGGACGCAAUGACUAUUUCAGCAAUUCCCCCGCAAGAACCAAUCUGGUGCCUGGAGCGACGUGACUCCGGUCAUCUUUUCUGGCGUCGAGAGUCGUCCAAGGUUAAGUUUCGCUACGAUGUGGAAGUGCUGGAGUUCACACGGGAUCCAGGCGAGGAUCAGCUGCUCAUCACCGACAGCGAGCAGAAAGAGCACAACGAGCGGCACCUUUCGAACAUGCUGGUAGUGUGUGCAACCUGCGUGGCAGCAAUCGCGGUAACCGUCGUCCUGCCCUGGUUCCUGAUAGGGUCAACGUAGGUUCUACGAUGUUAGGUUUAGACACUAGAAAGCAAUAUGCUUGGAUACUUUAGAAAGCGAUGUAUUAUCGCGCUUACUCGUGAAUGCUACACACUACACACAGACUAGUAACAUGGACCACUAAUAUUGUAGUUUAAGUAGACUCGAAGUCGAUUUCCUUGCUAUGAGGUUUUUUAAGGCAAUUUCACCACACAUGGGUUUGCUCUUGGCUGUACUAAAGCACUGUAAAGAACGUUGAAAGCAAUAAGUUAGAAUAUUUAAACCGAUAGCUUUAGCGUCGUAGUUUAUAGGCACGUUUCGAUCGAUCAAGUCGGUCGUACGUGAAUAUUUAUUAGCGCAAAUCGAUUUGGUUAGGUGAAAAAUCACGAGGUGCCUUAUCUUGAGCAGAUUGUGCGGUGCAAUCCACAAUCAGUUUUGUAGUUUUUCACAUUCUCAAACAGUUCUCCGAGUAGAUUUGUAUUAUGUUUAGCUAUAGGAGGUAGUGAUAAGCAAAAAGCGAGGAAUGUCCCACGAUGUUGAGUAGUUCCAGAAUAGCUUUAGGAACGUUCAACAGCAUGCACUUUCCCGCCAGGUGUUGCAGCCGGGAAAACAACAUAAACAAAUAGCGAACGAAAAAAAACGUAUAAAAAAAGCAACGCUAGCGCCUACCACCCAGUCUGAUGGAACGGUGGGUGGUAGGACAGCAAACGAAUCGAGAUAAUUCGCUGUCGAGAACACACCCAUAUUUUUAGAGAGCAAUUUUCCCAUCAAUGUCGAAAUGGAAAGCGAAAAAUUUGCUACUCCAUCUAGACGCGGCGGGGGGAAGCGAAUAACAAAGCAAACGCGCAGAAUAUUUUGCGGCUGGGAAUUGGUGUACGGAAACGCGAUAUGCAGACAUGCGGAGCCAUGUGCCGUUCCGAUAUUCGAGGCUAGCGCACCCCGAGUCGAAAAUAGUCCCUCCGCUUGUUUCUGCGCCCGGAGGUCAACCGGACGGCCGGAGGUGCGCUGUCUCCGGCUGUUAUGCGAGUAGUGAGCGUUUUUCUUUGCCAGUUCACGCAAAAUCGAUCGCUUUUGUGGCGCGCAAACCAGUGCAAGCCGAUCGGCACGUAGCACGAAAGACCUGAUAGAUUUCUGCGAAUUCUCCGCUCACUCGUGGGUCGGUUGUUGUGUUUGUAAAUACUUAUAGACUGAAUUCUAUCGGUUUUCCACUCCGCAAAAAUGUACCUGCAGACGAUAAAUGAGGAUAUUGGGUUGUUUUCGCUUUUUUUCUCUGGGGCAUUGUUAACUGAUCACUGCGCAGAUUGACAGGUUUAUCGUGCUCGUGAAACGAUGGGUAAUUUUUAAAACGAUGUAAAUAUUGACAAUUCGUUGGAAAAGAAUGUGUGGAAGUUUCGAAUGGCAGAGAUCUGCAAAACCGAACCGAAAUGUGAUGCUGGCGUCAGAUGGCCAAGAUAAACAGGAGCAAAGAACAAAUUUAUAUAUGUAUAUAUAUGGUUUUUAUUGUUGUAUUUUAUUAUACUAAAAAGGAUAAAGUGAUAUUGAACGAUUGAAAUCGAAUAGGUUAGGGUACCUUGUAAAGUGAUAACAUUGUUUAGAGAAGUAUAAAUAAUAUUUAAUACAGAGAUAAGA